GUUAGUAUACACCGCGUGGCACGUGGUGCCACACGGAAUAUUUGCAACGAGUAAUAUUAAUAAUAUAAUAGUGAGUGAGUAAUAAAGAAAAUAGUUUUUCUAACAAAAUCUCUAGUGAUGCUCUUUAACUGUUUUCCACUCAACAUAAACAUGGUAAAUAAUUAAAAAGUGAUCUACAUAACUUUUUUGAUAAAUAAUAUAUAAUAUGUUGAGUAGAACAUUAAGACAAAAUGACAGCAGUAAACGAUUCUGAGAUGGACAUUAAUAGAAGUCAAAGUUUUAUAUCCACUAGUGACGUUUUAAGCAGAAAAAGUGAAUUAAAAGAUGAAGAAUCAUGCAAUAGUCCCGAAGAUGCUUUGGAAAAGGCAGUGUUACAACUUGGUCCGUUCGGAAUUUAUCAACGCUAUGUUUUAUUUUUGCUGUUCAUUCCAAAUAUGUUGUCAGCAAUGUAUUCCCUCAAUUAUGUCUUUGUCGCAGAUCAAGUAGCUUUUAGGUGUUUAGUGAAAGAAUGUGAAGGACAAGGCGGUUAUUUUGCGAACAAAACAAUACAAGAUCUAUUACCAACUCCAAAUGAAACCUGCCACCGCUAUCAGGCAGUACAGGCUGACCAAAUUAGCUGUGACAUAAAAGACUAUUAUUUAAAUAAAACGAUAAAAUGUAAUGACUUUGUCUAUGAAACAAUGAAUUCUAUUUACGCCGAGUUUUCCAUGGCUUGCAAAGAAUGGCAGCGUACCCUCGUUGGUACUAUCCGAAACAGUGCUCUACCUUUAGCUCUUGUCCUCACUGGAUAUAUUUCCGAUAGAUAUGGACGGCGAACCGCAUUUUGUAUUUUCGCUGCAUGUGCUGGUGUGCUCGGUAUUAUAAAAUCUUUCAUGCCAAAUUAUUCGGCAUACCUAACAAUGGAGUUUUUAGAAGCUGCUCUAGGUUACGGUUUCAAUAGUGCCGUCUAUGUCAUGAUUGUUGAGUUAGCUCGUCCUUCAUUACGAGUUGCAUUCGCCUGUGUGACUGGUAUAGGAUACGGGCUGGGUGGCAUGCUAUUCGCGCUGAUUGCUAGCCAAGUUCCUUAUUGGCGAAACCUGCUAAGAGCUAUACACACACCAGCUUUAUUUCUGCCCCUAUAUUGGUUUCUUCUAGACGAGAGCGCUAGAUGGUUGCAUGCAACCAAUAAGAAGGAUAGAAGUAUCAAGGUUAUUAAAAAAGCUGCAAGAUGGAAUAAGGUAAUAGUAGAUGAAGAUCUCAUAAAUAGUAUAAAAGGCGAAACAGGAGCUGAUGAAGUAAAAAAUAAAAACAAUCCAUGGUUGAAUUUAUUAAAAUCUAAAAUACUUAUGCUCCGGUUUUGCAUUUGUUGCUGGUGUUGGAUAUCGGUCACCUUUGUUUAUUAUGGACUCACAAUUAAUUCGGUGUCCAUGUCCGGUGACAAAUAUGUGAACUUCGCCCUUAGCAUGUUUAUGGAGAUCGUGGCGUCUUUGUUAAUCAUGAUGGCGUUGGAACGCUUCGGACGUAAACAGAGCAUUUUCGUUGCCUUCUUGGUUUGCGGAAUCACUUGUGUUACGCCUUUCUUUAUAUCACAUUCCAAUACGAAAACAGCGUUAUUCUUUGUCGGGAAACUGUCAAUCACAUUUGCCUUCAAUUCGCUGUACGUUUUCACGGCUGAGUUAUUCCCAACUGAGGUUCGAUCUUCAGCAAUGGCGGCUGUGUCUCUUAUUGGUCGCGUAGGAUCUCUUGUGGCCCCACAGACUCCACUUUUGAGCGAAUUUAUUCAAGCACUACUAUAUGGGAUCAGCUCAAUCUCAGCAGCUCUGUUAGUGUUACUCGCGCCAGAAACACGUCGUGCGGCACUUCCACAACACGUGCAGCAUGCGGAGCAAAUGCAUGCGCUUGCGCAUCCACCUAACAGGUCGUUGGGCAUACGAGGAAGCUUCAACGAUCCCAGCCGUUAUAGCUUACCAACUACUUCGCAGCUUUAACUAAUUUAAACUUUAUAUACCGUCUACAAAAAGCUUCUUAUUUUCAAGACUGAGUUUUAUGUGCCAAUAAAAGAAAUAUUUCAAAAAUAGAUAUUAAAGAUAAUAACAGAUUUAUUUACAUUCUUAUAAAGAUAGACACUAGAAACGUCGAUAAGGAUAACUAUUAUCUCAUUGAUAAAAGUAUAUCACCGAAAUCUUUAUGUGAAAAAAGUCAUAUUAUGUAAAAUAGUACAUAAGAAUCCAAAAUAAAAUAAAUAAAUAUUCUGAGAAUUAAAAAAUGGCGCAGAGAGUACGCAAACUAAAAAUAUAAAAACAAGAUUUAAUAAGAGAACCACUUGAUUACACUGUAAUAUACAUUUUAAGAUAAACAGCUAAUUACUUUACUUUAUUUAAGAUUAUAAUAUUUGCAUUUAUUCAAAAGAAACAGUUCCAUUACUAUAUAUAUGUAAUAGAAAUAUCAUUCCAUUGAAAACUCAGGUACAUAUAUGUACAUAUUAAAAUAAAAGGUGAAAAUUUAAUGAAACUGCUUUGACAGUUUCUGUCACGUAAAAACGCCUAUAGUGUGCCAAUUUUUUGGGUAACUAUCUUUUAUAAGGUGUAUGUUUUGGACAUGGGUGUUUAUUUAUGAUAAAAUCACUGUCGUCAGAAAUGUUUACUGGUGUUUACACAUCUGUAUAUUUAUUUAACUGUUUGAGGCAUACCUCGUGAUAUAUAUUUAAUCUCGUUUCUGUAUUUAAAGUUUAUCUUCGUUAGUUAUAAUGAUAAAGUCACGGUAA